AGGCACUCAUGCGAAAAAGAAAACAAAAACACAUGCUACUUCCAGCUCUGUGUUCUUCUUGUUCUACCUACAGAACAAUAUUGAUUCGUAAAGUUUUUUCAGAUGCAGUAUAAUGUCGCAGACUACUUCAUCAAACUUACCGAAGAGUAACCUGGUUGCCGUUUGUCAGAUGACUUCAACUGAUGACAAAGAAACCAACUUUAAGACUUGCGAUGAUCUGAUUCACAGAGCUGCAGAAAUGGGUGCUAAGGUGACAUUUUUGCCAGAAUGUUGUGAUUAUGUGGGUAAUAACAGUGCAGAAUCGGUAGAUAUGGCGAUAUCCCUAGACGGAAAACUUGUUUCCAGGUUCAAAAAUUUAGCCAAAAAAUGUAGCAUGUGGCUUUCUUUGGGUGGAAUUCAUCUAAAGUUUUGCAGUCUCUCCAGAGACUUCCAUAUCACUGAUCAUCGUAAACUGAUCAUUGAAGUUAGUGAAAAAAAUCGCAUCAGCAAUGCACAUGUUAUGAUUAAUAGCAAUGGUGAGAUUGCUGCAGUCUACAAGAAAACUCACUUGUUUGAUGUUAAUAUACCCAAAGUUGUAACGCUCAUGGAAACGGGCUAUACCAUUCCAGGACAAGGGAUGGUUGAACCAGUUGUGACACCAGUUGGAAAUGUUGGCUUGGCAGUUUGCUAUGACGUGCGUUUCCCAGAGCUCUCUAUUGCUUUGGCUGAAAAAGGUGCUGAUAUACUAACAUAUCCAUCAGCAUUUACACAGACUACAGGAAUGGCACACUGGGAGGUUCUUCUUCGGAGUCGUGCCAUUGAAAAUCAGUGCUAUGUAGUGGCUGCUGCCCAGACUGGGAAGCAUAAUGAUAAAAGAACAUCCUAUGGCCAUGCCAUGAUAGUAGAUCCAUGGGGAACAGUCCUGGCAUGCUGCCGUGAAGGCACCGAUGUGUGUGUAGCAAAUAUUGACCUCAAUUACCUCCAGAGUGUAAGGCAAAGGAUGCCAAUUUGGAAUCAUAGACGGCACGAUAUCUAUGGACAUGUUUUGUUCAACGAUGGAAAAUGAUCAACUGCAGAUGCUAGGAGUUUUGAAGACAGAUCCGUUUUCCCGAUUAAUAAAUACAUUUUCAUUUUAUAUAACACACAUUACAAAUUUACUAAACUAUUUAAGGGAAAUCAUCAAAUAAAAUAUUAAUUUUUGGAAAAUGAUCAACAGAUUUGUUUUCCAAUGAAUAAUUUUAUAACACAUUAGGGGAAUGUGGUAAAUUAUCGAACAAAAUAUUAAUUGAAGAAUCUAUUGGACAUGAAGGACUUCCAUAUAUAAUUUGAGGAAAGCAUUUUUAGCUUCAAUGAGGAGCUCUAGAAACACUCAGCUGAUUGAUUAAUAGAUCUUUUUUUUAGCUCUACUGCCUCUAUUAUACUGCCCUCAUGAGGCUGAUUGAUUAAUAGUUGAUUAAUAGAUCGUUUUUAGACCUACUGCCUCUAUUAUACUAUCUUCAUUGGAGAUUACGAAAACUUGUUUGGUAACAUUGCUUUACAACAGCAAAUUUAAUUGUCUCAAACUUAGCUGAUGCUAAAGAAUGUGUUUAUAAAGCUCAUUACAAAGUUAUUCAAGUAUAACAUGGUCUUCCUACUUUUCAUAUUUUUGAGAUUUUGUAAAAUUAUUGUACAUGUGCACAUAAUAUUAGCAGAUGAGGUGUAUUUAUAUAUAUAUGGAAUAGAAUAUUAAAAUAAAAAUCAAGCAAAAUGUUUUCUUCUUUUUUUUUUUAAUAACAAAAUCUCUUUAUUUACAUAUCAAAAUUGUAUUAGCCUGUAUCAACACUUGAUAGAUUUUUUUCCAACCAUAUUUAUAGAGGGUGACCCUUCGAACAUAUCCUAGAAGGUCAGCUGAUGUCAGGGGCCUUCUUAAAUAAAUGAAAUAAAGUGAUGCUUUAUCAGCUGAGGCUCAAGGGAGUGGAGAUGUUUUUUUCAGUCAUUAGAAAAAAUCCUGUACUGUCUCAGAAUAUGAACCCUGAGAUUGGAAGGCAAGUAUGUCAACCACCAGCUACAUCACCACUACAAUAGACAGCUCUAUUUC